UCAAGUUUCAUGGCUACAUUGUCCAGCAGCAAUCGCUGCAACCGUACCUACCAUAUUCUAAAUGCUUGGCGCCCUUCCAUGCGCAACUCAUGUAACUUCGCCAUGUUUUUCAGCUCCAUCUCCCUGCAUUGCCUGAUUUUCGCUGGUGCCUCCGCCUCCUGCGAUCGCACUGAGCUGUUGCAACACGUCACCCUUGGCGGCUCCCAGCUGCGACCGCUCAGCCGCUCGAAGUCGCUGGUGCAACGCGUCACCGGUGGCCACUCCAAGCACCGGCGACCGCCGACCAACCGCACGGAGGCGGGGCUGCGCGACGUCGCGGAGUACCUGCGACGGGCGAAGGGCGAAUGUUUGCGGAGCAGUGUGGAGUGUUUGCCCGCGCUGAAGCAGGUGCGCUUUAGGGCCUGGUUCUUUCUUCAGGACCUUGUGCGUCCCAGGAAGAAAUCUUGGCCGCUGCUGGAUUUGCAUCCGCAAGUCUUCCACAGCAGAUGUACUCGGCUCAGCAACAACAGCAUCCUCUUUCUAGAUCUGUCCACCUCUGCUUCAGCCACCACCCGGGCGAGCUUGGAGGCAAUGUCCGACUUUCAGGUGGUGAAGGCUUUUGAAGAUGACGUCCAUUGGUGCGAGAACCUACAUCUCCAUGAACCACAGCCGGAAACCCGGGUCUUCACUUUGGUUCAGGAUCCCUUGGAUCGCUUCAUGGCUGCUUAUGCAGACAUGGACGCAGACAAGGUCGACGUGGACCACAGUGGCAGCUAUGAGUUCCUGCACCUGGAAGGACUGGAGCGAGCCAAAGCUUUUAUGGAGAAAUUCAUCAAAUUUGGUGACCAGUUUAGUAGCCACGUGAAGCCACAAUCGGAACAUCUGGCCCCAGUCAGUGGCGAUUGCGCCUUGAAACUGGACUUCAUCGGGAAGAGCGAGCGCUUCGAAGAGGACUGGAUAGCCUUUUUUCAGGCGCAGCGCUGUGCGUCGGAGCCACGGCCCCCAGCGCAGUUGGUGAGUGCGGCGCAGGCAAAGAGGUGCGGGGAGUUUGGGGUGGCUGAUGUGGUAAAGUACAUUUUCUCGAUACAACAAGGGAUACAUAGGGGGAUAAUAUGGGAUAAUUUUAAGGGGCAAUUGCUGCACCAAUUUUCAGCAACAUUCCGGGAAAGACGUGUCUUGGGUACAUUCAUCUAA